AUGGUUCGCUCUGCCCUCCUCCUUACGGCCACGGCCACCCUUGGCCUCAGCCAUCUAGCCUCGGCGCAGAACAGCACCGCAGACCCCUGGCCAUGGCAGACCUACCGUUCUGAGCCCGCGCUGCAGCCCCCGUCUCUCAAGAUCACGCAGACCGGGGACGUCGCAGAGGGCCACCUGUUUUUCGACCAGUCCGGCUCCAGCGCCCACAACUACUCCGUCUUCAUCAUGAGCAACGACAACGAGCUCAUCUGGGAGGGCCCCUACGGCGACGUCUCGGCCUGGCGCGCCCAGACCCUGGACGGGGAGCCGGUGCUGACCAUGUACACGGGAAUCACGAUGCCGGAGCCCUACGGCUUCGGCUACGGCGCCGUCUUCAUCUACGACCAGACCUACAGGAACAUCUACAACGUCACCCUCGACCGGCACAAAGACGGCCUCAACCUGCAGACCUUUGCGGGCUGGGACGCGUCCGGCCUCGCGGGCGGCAGCUGGAUCGACAUGCACGAGGACCUGAUCACGCCCCGCGGCACCAUGUACGUCCCGGCCAACAACGUCACGCAGGUCGACCUGACCUCCGUCGGCGGCCCCGCGGACGGCUGGGUCGUCGACUCCCUCUUCUUCGAGAUGGACAUCAAGACGAACGAGAUCCUCUUCCAGUGGAGCCACCUGGACCACCUCGACGAGAUCCCCCUGGCCGACUCUGCCGCGGUCUACCCCCUGGGGGAUCUCGGACGUAACCAGUCCUACCCCUGGGGCCCGUUCCACAUCAACUCGAUCGAACGGUUUGCCGAUGGCGGCUUCCUGGUGUCCUCGCGGUACUACUGCUCCAUCUUCAAGAUUGCUCAGGACGGGUCUGUCGAAUGGACUCUGAACGGUCGCACCGGUGGUUCUUUCGCCCUAAAGAAUGGUCUGUCAUUCUGCUACCAGCACGAUGCCCGCAUCCACUCGGAGGGCAAUGGCACCACCUUGAUCUCGCUGUUCAACAACGACAACAGCGGCGUUGCUUCCGGUGUCAACGAGACCUCGGGCAUCCUGUUGACGGUCAACACGGCCACCUGGGAGGCCGCCCUGGAGCGGGAGCUCAUCGACCCGUCGGACGCCAUCUUCGCCGUCUCCCAGGGCAACGUGCAGGUCCUCGACGACGGCAGCGGCCACGUGGUCGUCGGCUACGGCAGCACGCCCAAGAUCAAGGAGUUCGACGCCGCGGGCGAGUGCGUCUUCACGGCGCAGUUCGGCGCGGACAGGCUCGUGCAGAGCUACCGCGGCCACCGGUACCCGUGGGUCGGCAGGCCCCACUACGCGCCCAAGGCCUUCGCCUGCGGCGCCGACAACAACCGGACCGAGGUCUACAUGAGCUGGAACGGCGCGACGGAAAACGAGAGGUGGACCGUGUUCGCCGGCGCCUCCGAGGACGUGUUGGAGGAGAAGUCGGCUGUUGACAAGACGGGCUUCGAGACCAAGGCCUCUUUUGCCGGGUUGGCUCAGUUUGUUCGCGUCGAGAGCAGCGGCGAGGGCAUCGAGACCGGCGUGUCUGAGGUUGUUGCUGUUGAAGGUCAGUGUUAG